AUGUCAGAACAAGCAUUACUUGAAGAGGCAAGAGAAGCAGCCAACAACAAACAAUACGAUGUUGCAGAGGCAAAAUACCAGAAAAUUCUAGAAAACUCAAAGCAAGAAUCCUCCACGUCUGCCAAGGUGUUACAACUUCAAGAAAAUACCAUAUUGGAAUUGGGAAAGAUAUACCAAACAUUGGACCAGUCUCAAAAAUUGUCACAAUUGAUUACAGACUCGAGGCAAUUACUCGGGAAUUUUGCGAAGUCAAAGACCGCAAAGAUUGUUAGAACUUUGAUUGAGUAUUUCGACAACUUGACCGAUGCAUUAGAUAUACAAAUUGACGCAACAAGAAAGUCAGUUGAUUGGGCAGUAGAAUCCAAAUUGUCCUUCUUGAGACAAAACUUGCAGUUGAAACUCAGCGACCUUUUGUACCAAAAGCAUCAAUAUCACGAGGCAUUGAAGCAUAUAAACGAGUUAUUGAGAGAGUACAAGAAAUUAGAUGACAAGUCGUCGUUGGUGGAAGUUCAACUUUUGGAGAGUAAAAUAUACCACGCCUUGCGAAAUAUCGCAAAAUCGAAAGCAGCCUUGACCAGUGCAAGAACUUCAGCCAACUCAAUUUAUUGUCCCACGUUAUUACAAGCAGAAUUGGACUGUCAAAGUGGUAUUUUGAACAUGGAAGACAAGGAUUACAAAACGGCCUUUUCAUACUUUUAUGAAAGUUUCGAGGGGUUCAACUCUCAACAACUGGACGAGAACUCCAAAACUGCCGUCAAGGUUUUGAAGUACAUGUUGUUGUCAAAGAUUAUGUUGAAUUUGAUCGAUGAUGUCAACAAUAUCUUGAAAAACAAAAACGUAAUUCAAUACCAAUCUAGAGACAUAGAUGCUAUGAAAUCUAUUGCUGUGGCGUAUUCCAACCGAUCAUUAAAAGAAUUUGAAAACAGUUUGAUUCAAUACUCAGCCGAGUUGAAAUCCGAUGAGAUUAUCAAAAACCAUUUCAACUCGUUGUAUGACCAGUUGUUGCAAGUUAACUUAUUGAAGAUUAUAGAGUCGUAUGAGUGUGUGGAAUUAGAACACAUUGCCAAGGUGAUUGGCUUAAAUGUUAAGCAAGUGGAGGGUAAAUUGAGUCAGAUGAUUUUGGAUAAAGUAUUCUACGGAGUGUUGGACCAAGGAAAUGGAUGGCUUAUCAUUUAUGACGAACCAAAGAGAGAUGCAGCAUACGAAGCAUCAUUAGAUUUGGUCAAAAACUUGUCGGGUGUUGUUGACUUGUUGUAUGAGAAAGCAGGGGCUUUAAAUUAG